AUGAAGGCCUCAGUUUUCUCCCUCGUCGCCGUCGCGGCCGUCGCCUCAGCUGCUAGCAACGACACCAUGGUCACCUCAACCAUUCUUGCUACCUCCACCUCCACCAUCCUCUCCUGCGCACCAACUGUGACCAACUGCCCUGUCGGUUCCGUCACUGAGGUCGUGUAUGCCACCACCACCAUCUGCCCGGCAACUGCUGUCUACCCACCAGCUCCUCCAGCCACUGUCACUCCUCCAGCUGGCCCAUCCACCAAGACCUUCUACUCCACCAACGUCUACACCAUCACUUCAUGUGCACCAACGGUCACCAACUGCCCAGUCGGCAAGCCAACCUCCACCGUCUACACCUCCACCGUUGUCUGCAACGGCGAGGCCUGCACUAAGCCAACAACUGCUGUUGCUCCCCCAGCCUCAACUGGUAAACCCUCCUCCCCAGCAACAUCCGCUGCCUCUACCUUCACCAUUCCUCCCCCAGCAGCUACUACCCCAGUAGUUUACUGCCCAACACCAAUCACCAGCUACAUCACCGUCACUGCUUCCCCAAGCGUGCCAGCCGUCCCUGCCACCACACCAUAUGUCUGCCCAGGAGGUGCUAACUGCCCUUCAGCUCCAGCAACCACCGUUGUUCCAGUCGUCUGCCCAGGAGGUGCUCACUGCCCACCAUCCACUGCCGUCCCAGCACCACCAGCUGUCGGCACCGGUGUCCCAACCACCCCAUCCAACGGUACUACCCCAGUCCCAUUCACUGGUGGAGCUUCCGCCCAAAAGGCCGGUUCCAUCUUGAUGGCUGUCGGUAUCGUCGCUGCCCUCUUGUAA